AUGUUUCUCAUCACUUGCUUCAUCUUUGGUCUCUUGGGCAGCCUUACCUGGGCAGGUCCAAAGGUUCGGACCGUCUGCCCUCCUGGCACCUUUCGCUAUAAAGAUGGAAGCCAGUGGUAUUGCUACAAGUUCUAUGAAGAUCAGUUCACCUUUCAUGAUGCUGAGGAAGAGUGUCAAUUCCAAUGGAGAGGCCAUUUAGCAUCUCUGACAAAAGACAAGCAGGUCAAAAGCAUCGGUGCCUACGUCACCAAAGAAAACCUGGAGGGUGAUUUGGUCUGGAUUGGACUCCGACGAGAUAAAGGGUCCAAUGUGAAAACUGGAUGGCGCUGGACUGAUGGGACACGAUCCACGUAUAAAAAGUGGAGCAAUGGUAAACCCAACGUUGUGUCUAACGAUGACACUUGCGCCGGUCUCUCUCCUGCAUCUGGGCACGAGAAAUGGGUUGAUGUAAAAUGUGGCUGCAAAUAUCCUUUCCUCUGCAAAUGGAAACCC